AGCUGCGAAAACCCUAGAGUCUCCAAACAGUCUCGAGACAGUGAGUGAAGACAGAAAAAACCUCAAAAGAGUAGAAAUGGCCGCCGCCGCCGCACGUCCUCUCGUCACCGUCCAAAACCUAGACGGCGACAUGACCACCGACCAAUCCUCCACCAUCCCCCUCCCCGACGUCAUGACCGCCCCCGUCCGUCCCGACAUCGUCAGCCACGUCCACGCUCAGAUCUCCAACAACAGCCGCCAGCCCUACGCCGUCUCCAAGAAGGCCGGUCACCAGACCUCCGCCGAGUCCUGGGGAACCGGACGCGCCGUCUCCCGUAUCCCCCGUGUCCCCGGAGGAGGUACUCACCGCGCCGGACAGGCCGCCUUCGGUAACAUGUGUCGCGGCGGUCGCAUGUUCGCUCCGACCAAGAUCUGGAGGAAAUGGCACAGACGCGUCAACGUCAACUCCAAGAGGCACGCUAUUGUCUCAGCCAUCGCCGCCACCGCCGUUCCCGCGCUCGUUAUGGCGCGUGGUCACAAGAUCGAGAACGUCCCCGAGAUGCCUCUUGUUGUCAGUGACUCUGCCGAGGGCGUGGAGAAGACGUCGGCUGCUAUCAAGGUUUUGAAGCAGAUUGGGGCUUAUGACGAUGCCGAGAAGGCCAAGGAUAGUAUUGGGAUUAGGUCUGGUGUCGGGAAGAUGAGGAACAGGCGUUACAUUUGUAGGAAAGGUCCUCUUGUUGUUUACGGUACCGAAGGGUCUAAGAUUGUGAAGGCGUUUAGGAACCUUCCCGGGGUGGAGCUUUGCCACGUGGAGAGGCUUAACUUGCUGAAGCUUGCACCCGGUGGUCACCUAGGGAGGUUUGUGGUUUGGACCAAGUCUGCUUUCGAGAAGCUUGAGGGGAUCUACGGGUCGUUUGAGAAGCCCUCGGAGAAGAAGAAGGGGUACGUGCUUCCUAGGGCGAAGAUGGUGAACGCUGAUUUGGCGAGGAUUAUUAACUCUGACGAGGUGCAGAGUGUGGUGAAGCCGAUUAAGAAGGAUGCCAAGAGGGCUGUGAUGAAGAAGAAUCCUUUGAAGAAUUUGAAUGUGAUGCUGAAGUUGAAUCCGUAUGCUAAGACCGCGAAGAGGAUGUCUUUGUUGGCGGAAGAGCAGAGGGUUAAGGCUAAGAAGGAGAAGCUCACCAAGAAGAGGAAGACUGUCACCAAGGAGGAGGCAUUGGCAAUCAAGGCAGCAGGGAAGUCGUGGUACCAGACUAUGAUCUCCGACAGUGACUACACCGAGUUUGACAACUUCACCAAAUGGCUCGGUGCUAGCCAGUAAUAAUAAUAUUAUCUGUUUGAAACACUGUUUUAUGUUUAGGGAAUGUUGUUGGUUUUAUACCUGUUUUGUCUGGAGUUGUCGGAUUACUAAGCUCAGCUGUGAACAAUUUUUCAUUUCUCUUUUACUCUUAUUGUGGUGUUGCCUUGUUUCUAUCAAACGAAUGCUUGAAUUUAAGACAAUUCUCAAGUUUUGUUUAAA